CUGGCUCAUGAGAGAAGAAGAAGAACAAGGUUUUAGCUGGGUUUUUAGGCUUUUAGCCUUUAUGACCCAAUCAGACCUUGCCCGGCAAGGAAAUUUUGCAUUUUUUUUUAUAUAAAUUUCUGGAAGAGUUAUAAAUUUUCAGAUUCGGUUUUUUUUUUUGGCGGGUCGGGUCGGGUUAAAGUCCGGGUCUUUAAGGUGAUGAUGAUACUAGUGUUUUUGCUCCUUGAGCUAAAAAUGGGAGGGAAAGAGAGAGACAAUGGCGUCCACAGGAAUGGCGAAAUUGAAGGGGAGUUUCUGCGUCACUCUCUGCAGAAAUCGAUCACACGCCAUGAGAAACAAAAUUCAUUUCUCACUUUUGCGUUUGAACCCAGAAGAGGAAGAGGAACCGAUCACGUCCAUGAAAUUCGAGCCUCGCCGGUUUUGGUGUUAUACGAAUAUCGAAAUCACCGUCUUCUCAGAAGAUCUUAUAGCUCCGUCGAUUGGAGUUGCUGAAGUUUUACGCGUCGAUUGAUUGAGGGAGCUACAGCUACAGGAAGAUUUCGAGAAAUGGCUGAAAACAUAAUGGUGGAUUCUCAUGUUUGGGUGGAAGACCCAGAAAGAGCAUGGAUUGAUGGGGUUGUACUUAAUAUAAAGGGAGACGAAGCAGAGAUUAAAACCAAUGAUGGCAGAGAGGUUAUUGCUAACUUAUCAAAACUCUAUCCAAAAGACACUGAAGCUCCUUCAGAGGGAGUAGAGGACAUGACUAGAUUAUCUUAUCUGCAUGAGCCUGCAGUUCUUGACAACUUGGCAACCAGAUAUGAGCUCAAUGAAAUUUAUACUUAUACAGGAAACAUUCUUAUUGCCGUCAAUCCCUUUCAAGGACUCCCCCAUCUCUAUGAUGCUGAGGUUAUGGAGAAGUAUAAGGAAGCCUAUUUCAAAGAGCUGAAUCCUCAUGUUUUUGCAAUUGGUGGCAUCGCAUAUAGGGAAAUGAUUAAUGAGGGCAGGAACAAAUGUAUAUUGGUCAGUGGUGAAAGUGGGUCUGGAAAGACAGAAACAACUAAGAUGCUCAUGCGUUACCUAGCAUACUUUGGUGGACAUAGUGCAGUUGAAGGAAGGACAGUUGAAAACCAAGUUUUAGAAUCAAAUCCAGUUCUUGAGGCAUUUGGUAAUGCGAAGACAGUUAAGAACAACAAUUCCAGUCGUUUUGGAAAAUUUGUGGAGAUUCAGUUUGAUGACGUGGGCCGAAUAUCAGGGGCAGCCAUCAGAACUUACCUUUUGGAGAGGUCACGUGUUUGCCAAGUUUCAGAUCCUGAACGUAACUAUCACUGCUUUUAUCUCCUGUGUGCUGCUCCUCCUGAGGAUGUUGAGAGGUUUAAGUUGGGGGAUCCUAAGUCAUUUCGCUAUCUUAACCAAUCUAGCUGCUACGAACUUGAUGGUGUAAAUGAUGCAGAGGAGUAUCUUGCAACUAGAAGGGCUAUGGAUGUAGUUGGAAUAAGUGAAAAAGAACAGGAUGCAAUUUUCAGAGUUGUGGCUUCCAUCCUCCAUCUUGGAAAUAUUGAAUUUUCGAAGGGAGAAGAUGCUGAUUCAUCAUCAGUAAAAGAUGAACAGUCAAUGUUUCAUCUCCAAAUGACAUCAGAACUACUCAUGUGUGAUCCCCAUUCCUUAGAAGAUGCUUUGUGUAAGCGUAUGAUGGUCACCCCAGAAGAAGUUAUCAAGAGAAGUCUUGAUCCUCUUGGUGCUGCCGUUAGCAGGGAUGGUUUAGCAAAGACAAUAUACUCUAGACUCUUUGAUUGGUUGGUGAACAAAAUAAAUAUCUCUAUUGGGCAAGAUUCUCACUCUAGGCGCUUGAUCGGAGUCCUUGACAUCUAUGGUUUUGAGAGCUUUAAAACCAACAGUUUUGAGCAAUUCUGUAUUAAUUACACGAAUGAAAAGUUGCAACAGCAUUUCAAUCAGCAUGUAUUCAAAAUGGAACAAGGUGAAUAUCAGAAAGAAGAAAUAGAUUGGAGCUAUGUGGAGUUUGUUGAUAAUCAAGAUGUCGUGGAUCUGAUUGAAAAGAAACCGGGUGGAAUUAUUGCUCUGCUGGACGAAGCAUGCAUGCUACCAAAAUCAACUCCUGAAACAUUUUCUGAGAAGCUGUAUCACACAUUCAAGGAUCAUAAGCGCUUCAUGAAACCAAAAUUGACUCGAUCAGAUUUUACAUUAGUUCAUUAUGCAGGGGAUGUUCAAUACCAGUCCGAUCAAUUUUUAGACAAAAACAAAGACUAUGUUGUUGCCGAGCAUCAGGAUUUGUUAAAUGCUUCCAAAUGUUCUUUUGUGUCAGGCCUCUUUCCUCCUCUUCCUAAAGAGUGUAGCAAAUCCAAGUUUUCUUCAAUUGGCGCUCGUUUCAAGCUACAAUUGCAACAGCUGAUGGAGACACUGAACUCUACGGAACCCCACUACAUCAGAUGUGUUAAGCCAAACAAUUUGUUGCAACCAACAGUGUUUGACAAUGCCAAUGUCUUGCAUCAGUUACGCUCUGGGGGUGUUCUUGAGGCCAUCAGAGUGAAAUGCGCUGGAUAUCCAACAAAUAGAACUUUCAUUGAAUUUUUAAAUCGAUUUCUCAUUCUUGCACCGGAAAUUCUGAAAGGAGAGUACGAAGCAGAUGUUGCAUGCAAAUGGAUUUUGGAGAAAAAAGGGCUUACAGGUUACCAGAUUGGAAAAAGUAAGGUUUUCCUGAGAGCUGGUCAGAUGGCUGAGUUAGAUGCACACAGAACAAGGGUGCUCGGCGAAUCAGCGAGGAUGAUUCAGGGGCAAGUUAGAACUCGUCUGACAAGAGAACGAUUUGUUCUCAUGCGGAGGGCUUCAGUUAAUAUACAAGCUAAUUGGAGAGGAAAUAUUGCACGAAAGAUAUCUAAGGAAAUGAGAAGGGAGGAAGCUGCCAUCAAAAUCCAGAAAAACUUACGUAGACAGAUUGCAAAGAAAGAUUACGGGAAGACCAAAUCUUCCGCACUCACCUUGCAAAGUGGAGUCCGCACAAUAGCUGCACGUCAUGAAUUCCGUUAUAAAUUAACGACUAGGGCAGCAACUGUGAUUCAGGCGUAUUGGCGUGGUUACAGUGCUAUAUCUGACUACAAGAAACUGAAAAGAGUUUCUCUUCUUUGUAAAAGUAAUCUCAGAGGAAGAAUUGCCAGAAAACAGUUGGGACACUCAAAGCAGGCUGACAGAAAAGAAGAGACAGAAAAUGAAAGAAAGGUGGAACUUUUUAAUAGAGCAGAAGAGGCAGUUGAUAUGUCCUUUGUACUGCAUUCAGAGCAAAGUGAUGAUGCAGAGAGUGGACAUGGACAAAAGGCAAAACUUUCUAUCGAAUCAGAAGAUGGACUUGAUAAGUCCUUUGUAUUGCAUUCAGAACAAAGUGAUGAUGAAGAGAUGGGACAUGAAAGAAAGACAAAACUUUCCAUCGAAUCAGAAGAUGGAAUUGAGAAGUCCUUUGUAAUGCAUUCAGAUCAAAGUGAUGAUGAAGAGAUAGGGCAUGAAAGAAAGACCAAACAUUGCAUCCAAGCAGAAGAUGGAAUUGAGAAGUCCUAUGUAAUGCAUUCAGAUCAAAGUGAUGAUGAAGAGAUAGGGCAUGAAAGAAAGACAAAACAUUCCAUCCAAGCAGAUAAUGGAAUUGAGAAGUCCUUUGUAGUGCAUUCAGAUCAAAGUGAAGAUGAAGAGAUAGGACAUGAAAGAAAGACCAAACAUUCCAUCCAAGUAGAAGAUGGAAUUCAGAAGUCCUUUGUUACCGAUUCAGAGAAGCCUUACAACACGUUUUCUGUUGUUAGCCAAAUAACGGAUCCUAUUCGUGAUACAGAAAUUGAAUCCCUCACUGCAGAAGUUGAGAUGCUGAAGGCCUUAUUGCAAGUUGAGAAACAAAGAGCUGACAUUUCCGAAAGAAAAUGUGCUGAAGCCCGAGAGCUUGGGGAGAGAAGACGUAAAAGAUUAGAAGAAACAGAAAGAAGAGUUUACCAGUUACAAGACUCUUUGAACAGGUUGUUAUAUUCUAUGUCGGACCAAUUCUCACAACUGAAGUCCAUCUUGAGAUCUCCUUCUAUGUCAGCCUCAACAAUGGCCUCAGCACCAGUUGUGCGUGAUGAUCUUGCUGACAGCUCUGAGAACUCUGAAGCUUCGUCAAGUGAUUCCGAUUUCACUUUUCCUGCUCCAUCUCCUUCUUCAGACAAUUUUUCGACUUUUAACCCGAAUCAGCUGCAAGUCAUUGUUCAGGAUCUAUCGACCACAGAAGCCAAAGAACAAUAAUAUUGCAGGAACUGAGAGCUACGACAGUGAUAAGGAAGGGGGUUUCGAAGAUUACUUUUGAUGAUGAAGCACCGACUUGAUCUCUUCACAAGAUAUUUGGAGUUAUGAUAAUCUCUUUACUCCAUUGUUGUGCCACAGGGCAAAUGUUAUAGUGUUUACACUUAGUUCAAACUACAAUUUGUAUUUUUCUCAGGAAUAGAUGCUGCAAUAACUAUGUAGGGUCAUUAAGAUAUGUCAAGUUCCAUGUUGUUAAUGCAUAAACAAGCCAUGUUUGUUACUUCACUAAUACAAUUGUUGCUCAAUUUCAGAAUUACUAAUUUGCUU